UUCUGUUAGCAAUCAUAUUUGGUUUGAAGAUAGAUCGUUUCUAUUAGGGUUCAUGUUUUUUAGGUUAUCAUGUUUUUUUCAAAUACCAGAAUGGGAUUAUAUAGAAUUUUCAGGAAGUAUUUUCCUUGAAAUGAACGGAGAGGUGAUUGGAUUUCUAUUCGAUAAGUUCUGAGGUUGUGAACUAUCUAGGUUUUGAUAGUUGACAACUUCGGUUUGGUAGUGCAGAGAAACCAUGUUAUUGUUGUUUGUAGACUAGAUCCUCAAAUUUAUUGUAGAGAAGCUUCAUUAUUUGGUAAUGGUUAUUCAAGGGACCAUUGGAAUAAGGUAUGUGUUUUAGUAACACAACAAAGCAAAAGUUCUACUCCUUGAACAAGAACCAGGGUCUUCCCUUCCAUUUCUGGUGAAUCUUAAAUGCGCACAUUUAAUGCAUCAGGGAUUUUUAAGUUAGGAAUUAGGAUUAAUGUUUUGUCCCAAUCGAGCCACAGAGGAUAUGAUCACCAUUUAAAUGAAAAAAUGGCUGAGAAGAUUGGAGCAGCUCCGCCACCAGCUUCUUUUGAGUAUGAGCUUUUUGAAGGAGAUCCAGACCACCUUAGAACUGUUGCAGCUACAUCAACCCAGUUGAGCCCAUGGAUUGAUCCUGCCUCUUUGAAACUUAAGCACAGGAUUGGACGAGGCCUCUUUGGUGAUGUUUGGUUAGCAACGCAUCAUCAGUCCGCAGAUGAUUAUGAUGAAUAUCAUGAAGUUGCUGUUAAGAUGUUACAUACGAUAAGGGAGGAUCACAUGCAAAUGUUUUUGGAUAAAUUUGCAGGGAUAUUUUUGAAAUGCCGACAACUAAAAGGUGUUUGUUGGUUGCAUGGUAUCUCAAUCAAGACAGGAAAGGUCUGCAUUGCUAUGAAAUUUUAUGAGGGAUCGGUGGGUGAUCGAAUGGCUCAUCUUAAAGGAGGCAAGCUUCCAUUGUCUGAUGUUUUAAGGUAUGGAAUCGAGUUGGCUAAAGGAGUUAUGGAGUUGCACUCCACAGGGGUCCUGGUGCUAAACCUUAAGCCAUCUAACUUCCUGCUUAAUGAACAUGACCAAGUGGUUCUAGGAGAUAUGGGAAUCCCAUAUCUACUCCUUGGGAUUCCAUUGCCCAAUCCUGAUAUGGUUCUGAGACUUGGAACGCCAAAUUAUAUGGCUCCAGAACAGUGGGAACCAGAAGUAAGAGGACCAAUAUCUUGUGAAACUGAUACAUGGGGUUUUGGCUGCAGCAUAGUGGAGAUGUUGACUGGUGUUCAACCCUGGUGUGGGAGAUCAAUUGAAGAAAUGUAUCAAUCAGUUGUUAUUAAGCAAGAAAAACCGCUUAUUCCAAGCGGCCUGCCGCCUGAAGUUGAGAAUGUUCUCAAUGGCUGCUUUGAGUAUGACCUCCGUAAUCGACCUUUAAUGGUAGAUAUUUUGCAAGCAUUCGAAAGCUCACAGAAUGCUGUUUACAGUGAUGGAGGAUGGAUUGGUCUAGAAAGCAGAACAUGUACAGAGAGAUCAAAUAGCCGUGGCUACACAUCCUGGUUCCUCUCAAAGGACUCUCUCCAUGUGGGUGACAUAGUUCGUUCCAGAAAGCCACUAAAUGCAUGUAAACCUCAAAUCAUGGAUGUUCCAGAAGGGACUGUGGUUGGUUUCGAUGGUGACAAUGAUCGAGAUGGUUUUGUUCUGGUGAAAAUCCGUGGAAAACACAACCCUUUAAGAGUGCAUGUGUCAACACUUGAAAGGGUCACAUCUGGCUUGGUAGUGACAGAUUGGGUGCGCUUGAAAGAGCCAAACAGAAAGCACUCAACUGUUGGUAUUCUACAUUCUGUGCAGCGUGAUGGAAGUGUAGCUGUUGGAUUUCUAGGGCUUGAGACUCUCUGGAGAGGGCAUUCCUCUGAGCUUCAAAUGGCAGAAACUUAUUAUGUGGGACAGUUCGUGAGGCUGAAGACAAAUGUGUUUACCCCCAGGUUUGAUUGGCCUCGUAAAAAGGGCGGAGCAUGGGUUACUGGGAGGAUUGCACAAGUCCUUCCAAAUGGGUGUCUUGUCGUAAGGUUCCCAGGGAGGUUUGUGUUUGGGGUUGAAUCAAACAGCUUCUUGGCUGAUCCAGCUGAAGUGGAACUAGUGUCCUUUGAUAAGUGUCAUGGUGUGGUGGAGAAGUACCAUCAUAUUGAGGAUUUUCACUGGGCUGUAAGGCCUUUGGUCAUUGCAUUUGGUGUAUUUACAACCUUGAAGCUUGGAGUCUUUGUUGGUGGAAAUGUGUGUGUAAGAAUGAGGAAGAGCCCAAGAAAUCUGACCCCAAAUGAUGGCCAGUGUCAGGAUGGCCAAGCUGGUGGCAAUCCAGCAUGGAUUCCUCCCACAGUUGCUAACAUCCUUUUCCGAGAAGGUCCUCCCACAGCUACUGCUAGGUAACUCAUCCCUCUUUAUUUGGCUAUGGCUAAAUUCUCAAAAGUCUACAACAUAGAAGGUGAACUGUAUAUAACUACCAGACAGACCUGUAAAUAUGUAUACCUUAUGUGAUGAUGUUUGGAAACUUUCUAUUUUGGGUUCAUUUUCUAAAGUCCAUCCAUCUCUUCAUUGAGGAUGUUCAUUCUAUUUUCCAGUAAUGGAAACCGGAAAGUAGGCUUUGGUUGAUGGAUGUGGACAAGCUCGGUCUUGUUUACUUCUUUCCUCAUGCAUUGUAUAUGUUCUUAUUAGAAGGGAUGAAAUUUAUUA